UUAGAUCCGGAGAUAGCCGAAUAACUGCGAUUACGGUUAUGCCAGAGUCGAAGGCUUCCGAAUAGAUUCGAUUCAAAGCCUCGGUAAAACGAAGGUAACCGAGCUCUGAAAGAAGAGAGGGGAGCGGUUAGGAGUAUCAGAAGAGCCGAUUGGUGCCGAUGUGGAGACGGAAACACCCGAGCAGUUCCGGAGGAACCCGGGCAGUUCUGAGUGGUAAUCGAGGGGUUGACUACGGCCGUGGGCGGGGUGAGCUCAGUACGUUCGAAGGGCGUUGGCGGAAAUUACCGAAGAUGCCCGAAGCCGUCGGGACGGACCCGAGUACCUCACGCAAGAUGGCGGAGCUGGAGGAGGUGACUCUGGACGGGAAGCCUCUUCAGGCGCUGCGAGUGACCGACCUGAAGGCCGCACUGGAGCAGCGAGGCCUAGCCAAGAGCGGGCAGAAGAGUGCCCUGGUCAAGCGGCUCAAAGGGGCUCUAAUGCUCGAAAAUUUACAGAAACACUCAACACCCCAUGCUGCAUUCCAGCCAAAUUCCCAGAUUGGUGAGGAAAUGAGCCAGAACAGUUUCAUAAAGCAGUAUCUGGAAAAGCAGCAGGAGCUACUUAGGCAACGGCUGGAACGCGAAGCUCGAGAAGCUGCAGAACUUGAAGAAGCUUCAGCUGAGUCUGAGGACGAGAUGAUCCAUCCUGAGGGAGUGGCUUCCCUGCUGCCUCCUGACUUUCAUAGCAGCCUGGAGACACCAGAGCUGGAGCUCAGCAGACAUUCACCCAGAAAAAGCUCCUGUAUUUCUGAAGAGAAAGGUGAAUCUGAUGAUGAAAAACCAAGGAAAGGAGAAAGACGAUCAUCCAGGGUCAGACAGGCAAAAGCAGCUAAACUCUCUGAGGGCAGCCAAGCAGCUGAGGAGGAAGACGAUCAAGAAACACCUUCCAGAAAUCUGAGGGUCAGAGCAGAUCGAAAUUUGAAAACAGAUGAGGAGGAAGAAGAAGAAGAAGAGGAAGAAGAGGAGGAGGAAGAUGAUGAUGAGGGACAAAAAUCUAGGGAUGCACCAGUCUUGAAACAGUUUGAGGAAGAAGAGAGGGAAGAGAUGCCCAGAGCAAAACCAGAGGAGGUGAUGGAUGAGAGACUUCAAACCAUAAGACCCCAGGAACAGGAGGGGUUAGAGAGAGGAGGGAGAGUUACAAGGUUCCAGGAAGAGGCCAGAAGAAUUCAUCUGGCCAGACAUCAGCAGGAGAAAGAGAUGAAAACAGCUUUUCCUCUUGAGGAAGAAGAAAGACACAUAAAAUCUUCAAAAGGUUUAGAGGAAAAAUCAAAGUCCCCUUCCCCUCCUCAACUGAUUGAAGAUCUGGAGAAGGCCCCUCCUGUGCUACAGCCAGAGCAAACUGCCACUGAGGAGGAGACUCCACCACCUUUACUUACCAAGGAAGCAUCUUCUCCACCACUGAAUGCACAGCUCCAGAGUGAAGAAGAAAUAGAGCCCAUGGAAGGUCCAGCGCCCCCUGUCCUCAUUCAGUUAUCUCCUCCUAAUACAGAUGCUGAGGCCAGGGAGCUCUUAAUACCUCAGCAUACUGUCCAGUUGGUGGGAGGCCUCUCUCCUUUGUCAAGUCCUACAGACACCAAAGUAGAACCUCCAGCAGAGAAGGUACCAGAGGAAAAUGUCCUGCCUCUAGUUCAGAAAAGCACACUAGGUGACUCCUCAACCCAGAAGGGUCUUGAAACUGAGUCAGAAAAAUAUGCUCAACCACUCCCUCUAAAAAUUGAGGAAUUAGGACCGGCCAAAGGGAUCACUGAGGAAUCUCUGAAACAGCUAUCUUUGGAACAGAAGGAAGGCAUAAGGGCUUCUCACACCCUUCUCCCAAGCCACAGAUUGAAACAGUCAUCUGACUCAUCCUCUAGCCAGUCCUCCUCAUCUUCAUCCUCUAGUUCUAGAUCAAGAUCUCGCUCUCCUGAUAGCUCAGGCUCUCAGUCUCACUCACCUCCAAGAUCUAAGCAGACAGGUGUAUCUCGGGCACAUACUCAUGCCAACCCUCGUAGUAAACCCGAGAUGGGCUCCAGGUCAACAUCAGAGUCCAGGUCACGUUCCCGUUCUCGUUCCCGUUCAGCAUCCAGCAACAGCAGAAAAUCUCUGAGCCCCAGAGUCUCCAGGGACAGCAGCACCAGCUACACUGAAACCAAAGAUCCCUCUUCUGGUCAGGAGGUUGCAACUCCACCAGUGCCACAAGUGCAGGUCCACGAGCCAAAGGAGAGGACUUCCGCUUCAUCCUCUGUCCAAGUGAGGUGUAUGAGCCAACCUGAGCCAGCCGAAAAGCAUGUGACCCAGAGGUUUCAGCCAGAGCGGGGGAGCCCAAAGAAGUGUGAAGCUGAGGAGGCAGAGCCACCAGCUGCCACACAGCCCCAAACCUCAGAGACUCAGACUUCUCACCUACCAGAAUCAGAAAGGAUUCAUCACACUGUUGAGAAGAAGGAGGAAGUGACCAUGGAUACAAGUGAACACAGACCUGAAAAUGAGGUUCCAGAGCUCCCCGUGCCUAUUGCAGACCAAGUCAGCAAUGAUGACCGCCCAGAGGGCAAUGCUGAGGACGAGGAGAAAAAAGAGAGCUCGCUGCCCAAAUCAUUCAAGAGGAAGAUCUCCGUUGUCUCAGCAACCAAGGGGGUGCCAGCUGGAAACAGUGACACAGAGGGAGGCCAACCUGGUCGGAAGCGGCGUUGGGGAGCCAGCACAGCCACCACACAGAAGAAACCCUCCAUCAGUAUCACCACUGAGUCACUCAAGAGCCUCAUCCCCGACAUCAAACCCCUGGCGGGGCAGGAGGCGGUUGUGGAUCUUCAUGCUGAUGACUCCCGCAUCUCUGAGGAUGAGACAGAGCGUAAUGGUGAUGAUGGGACCCAUGACAAGGGACUGAAAAUAUGCCGGACUGUCACUCAGGUGGUCCCUGCAGAGGGACAGGAGAAUGGGCAGAGGGAAGAAGAGGAAGAAGAGAAGGAGCCUGAAGCAGAAGCCCCUAGGCCUUCCCAGGUUUCAGUAGAGGUGGCCUUGCCCCCACCUGUGGAGCAUGAAGUAAAGAAAGUGACUUUAGGAGAUACCUUAACUCGACGUUCCAUUAGCCAGCAGAAGUCUGGAGUUUCCAUUACAAUUGAUGACCCAGUCCGAACUGCUCAGGUGCCGUCCCCACCCCGGGGCAAGAUCAGUAACAUCGUCCACAUCUCCAACUUGGUUCGUCCCUUCACUUUAGGCCAGCUGAAGGAAUUGUUGGGUCGUACAGGAACUCUGGUGGAAGAAGCCUUCUGGAUCGAUAAGAUCAAAUCUCACUGCUUUGUAACGUACUCGACGGUAGAGGAAGCAGUCGCCACCCGCACAGCUCUACAUGGUGUCAAAUGGCCCCAGUCCAAUCCCAAAUUCCUUUGUGCUGAUUAUGCUGAGCAAGAGGAGCUGGAUUAUCACCGGGGCCUCUUGGUGGACCGUCCCUCUGAAACUAAGACAGAGGAGCAGGGGGUACCACGGCCCUUGCACCCCCCGCCCCCACCCCCAGCCCAACCACCACAGCACCCCAGGGCAGAGCAGCGGGAGCAGGAGCGGGCGGUGCGGGAACAGUGGGCAGAGCGGGAACGGGAAAUGGAGCGGCGGGAGCGAACUCGAUCAGAGCGUGAAUGGGAUCGGGACAAAGUUCGAGAAGGGCCCCGUUCCCGAUCACGGUCCCGUGACCGCCGCCGCAAGGAACGUGCGAAGUCUAAAGAAAAGAAGAGUGAGAAGAAAGAGAAAGCUCAGGAGGAACCACCUGCCAAGCUGCUAGAUGACCUUUUCCGGAAGACCAAGGCCGCUCCCUGCAUCUAUUGGCUGCCACUGACUGACAGCCAGAUUGUUCAGAAGGAGGCGGAGCGGGCUGAGCGGGCCAAGGAGCGGGAGAAGCGGCGAAAGGAGCAAGAAGAAGAAGAGCAGAAGGAGCGGGAGAAGGAAGCAGAGCGUGAACGCAACCGCCAGCUAGAGCGGGAGAAACGUCGGGAGCAUAGCCGGGAGCGGGACAGGGAGAGGGAGAGGGAGAGGGAGCGAGACAGAGCAGACAGAGGGGAUCGAGAUAGGGAUAGGGAAAGGGACCGGGAACGAGGCAGGGAGAGGGACCGCAGAGACACCAAGCGCCACAGCAGGAGCCGGAGUCGGAGCACACCUGUGAGGGACCGGGGUGGGCGCCGCUAGCUGGGAAAACACUAGGGAGAACUGCAGGCAUCAGCCACCCUGUUCCCAGGGGGUUCAAGGCCACAGGGGAUAGAUACAAUCUCCACAACCCUGAAACCAGGGUGUCACACCAUUUGCCCAGUGCUGAAAUAGGGUUGCCACUUGUCCCUGUAUUGGAACAGUGGCCGUCUUUCCCCUGCCUGCCCACCCUCCAUAGCCUAUCUCUUGGGACUUAACCCUCUCCUCCCUCUCAUUUCCCAUUAAGUCUGUGAGAGGGAAGAGGUAGGUGAGGAGGAUGGUUGGCCCAGAGCUGGGGAACAGCAAGGAGCCCAAACCGCUUUCAUUUUUCCUCCAUCAUGCUCACCUCCUUUGGGUACUCUAAAUGCCCGAAUGGGAACAGCUGGGGCCAGGACUGGGUCACCUAUGAGCUGAAUCAGCAUCUCCUCCUGAGUCCCAGGGCCCCUGCAGUUCCCAGUCUCUUCCUGCAGCCCUGCCUCCUGCCCACCGGUUCCACUUUAUAUCCACCUUUUCCUUCUGUUCAAUUUUUAUUUUUAUUUUUUUUAUUAUUAAAUGAUGUGGUCUAUGGAAAAUAAUAAAAAUCUGACUUAGUUUUAA